UCCGUUGUAAUUCUGAAGGAAAACAUUUUACCCAAGGAGCUAUACAACUUUGACGCGAAGAAAUCGCACGAAGUAGAUUCUUUGGACGAGCCGUACGACUAUGAUUCUAUUAUGCACUACAAAAGAACACUUUUUGCCAAGCCGGGCAAGGCGGAGACGAUAAGGCCUAACGAUCCAAAGGCAAUAAUUGGCUUGAUACCAAAUCUCAGUCCGGGUGAUAUUAGACAGACAAACAAGCUCUACAAAUGCCCCUCCUGUGGACGAACACUCCUGCAAUCCGCCGGCACAUUUUCAUCUUCGAAAAUACAAUCCCCUCUGGCGGAGGAAAGCUUCUGUCAGUGGAGAAUCAGAGUAGAGCGGGAUGAACGCGUCUACUUACAUUUCACUCACAUGGAUAUGCUUUCAGCAGUCGAUUCCACUCAACCUUUGAUGAACACUGCUGAAGAAUGUAAAGACGAAUAUGUUGAAGUCCACGACGGAUAUCACGGCAACUCCAUUCUGCUUGGUAUGUGGAAAAACUGA